CACUCUUGUCAACAGCGCUUCCACCCUACUACACACAUAUAUUGAAAGAUAGCGGUCGUGGAUAAUCCUCAGUUGGGCUCAUUGGACAGGCGAAAUUUGACGCUGUAAUAUUUACGUGAGUGGUGUGCCCACCCAUAUACGGAGAGAAAGGAUAUCACCACUCGGCGAUGGGUUCACUGCAAGAGAGUUGCCGUCCAUAUCAGCUGCCAGCAUCGUCGCAUUUGCCUAUUGAUACACCGCGAGGCUCUGAACCGUAUCAGGCCGCCACGAACGUGCAACAAUGGUUCCACUUUAUGCCACAUAAGUCUCGCGAAUCGGUGGCGGUGCAAAGCCAUGCAAUAAGAUCAGCCGGACGUGGGAGAGGAACAGAGCCUCGCCAGAGGCGCACGAGUGUGCAUUUCCAGGAGCUUGACAAUUUUGCCACCUCGCUCACAUGUCGAAGUAUCUCGCCUAACGUGGUACCAAAGGACAUCUGCGAGCUGAGGUUAACUGUGAUUCAAAUUCGAGCUCCAUCCCCGUGGAUAGCCUGGAGGGCUACUGUAAGGAAAUAUUUUGUGGAUCGCCACAAGCUAGUAGGACGUCUACUUUCUGAUUCCAAGGAACGUGCUCCGCUACAUUCACGGGUAAUGUAUCUCCAAAUGAAAGAGCGGAUUGGUCGGCUACCGGGUGCUCUGCGCCCUCGUUAGGUCGGGGACAAAAAGCGGCCGUCAGAGGAGAUGAGCCUGAAGGAAGAGGGUCUCCGACCAUAAGAACGAGAUCGGGCUGUGUAUGCAGCUUGCGACGAGGUCAGAUGGCGGCCAGUAUCAUUACAUAUGCGAGGACCGGGGCCA